CGAGACUACCUACUUGUACUUUUACUGACAGUAGACUUCCUCUCUUCUGCUUCUUCUCCUUCUUCGAUCUUGUUACUUCUACCUUUUCAAUACAUACUUUCGCAGUGAAUUGAAUAUUGGAUUGCUUUGUGCUCUUCCUGCCAGAUUGAUUAAUUGAUUGAGCGAUAGACUGGAACUUGCUCUGCUUGCCUGCAUCCAAGCCAUUGUUUGAACGUCCACUACGACACUGCGACUCGACUCCAUUCUAAACCACACACACCACACCACAGCAAACACAGCAGACAAGAUGGGAAAGACCUUCACUACUGCCGACGUCGCGGCGCAUAAUACCCCAAAAGACCUGUACAUUAUCGUAGAUGAGGAUGUCUACGAUUUGACGGCAUUCCAGGACGAGCAUCCAGGCGGCAAGAAGAUCCUCACGCGCGUCGCCGGAAAAGACGCCUCCAAGCAAUUCUGGAAAUACCACAACGACGGCAUCCUCAAGAAAUACAAAGCCAAGCUACAAGUCGGGUCGCUAGACACGAAGAAGGCAUCCGAGCCAGAACCAGCACCAGCGCCAGAACCAAAGAAGGAGAUUGUGAAGCCGCAGGCUGAGAGCGGGGUGGUGGUUCCAGUGCCUGCGAGUGAGGCUGAGGCGGCGGAGGUUGAGACGCUGGAACCGUUUGGGGAGUUGAUUCCUUUUGCGGAUCCGGCUUGGUAUCAGGGUUUCCACUCCCCAUACCACAACGAAACCCACGCCGCCCUCCGCGAAGAGAUUCGCGAAUGGGUCUCCACCGAAAUCGAGCCCAACGUCGGCGACUGGGACGAAGCCAAAAAAGUCCCCGAAGAAAUCUACAAAGCGAUGGGCACACGCGGCUACCUCGCGGGGCUGAUGGGCAUGCACUACCCCGUGGAAUACACCUCCAACCGAAUCAAGAGCGUGGCGCCCGAGAAAUGGGACCUCUUCCACGAGAUGCUCCUCACUGACGAGCUAUCCCGCGCCGGCUCCGGCGGCUUCGUCUGGAAUGUCAUUGGCGGAUUUGGGAUCGGGUGUCCGCCUCUGGUGAAGUUUGGGAAGAAGGAGUUGGUGAAGAGGAUCCUCCCCGGGAUCCUGAAUGGUGAUAAGAGGAUCUGUUUAGCUAUUACGGAGCCGGAUGCGGGGAGUGAUGUGGCGAAUUUGGGGUGUGAGGCGGUGCUGAGUGAGGAUGGGAAGCAUUAUAUUGUGAAUGGGGAGAAGAAGUGGAUUACGAAUGGGAUUUGGUGCGAUUACUUUACUACGGCGGUUAGAACUGGUACCAAGGAGAGUGGGAUGAAUGGGAUUAGUGUGCUGUUGAUUGAGAGGGAUAUGGGUGGUGUUUCGACGAGGAGGAUGGAUUGUCAGGGUGUGUGGAGUUCGGGGACUACAUAUGUUACGUUUGAGGAUGUGAAGGUUCCGGUUGAGAAUUUGAUUGGCAAGGAGAAUAAGGGGUUCAAAGGUUUGUUUACAUUUCCCGCUUCCCCCACGUCAACCUUACCCCCUCCCCUCCAUCCCUCCCCACCAAAAGUCCAUCAAAAUCCCAAAUACUGACCUCCCCCAGUCAUCAUGACAAACUUCAACCACGAACGCAUCGGCAUAAUAAUCCAAUGCAUCCGCUUCUCCCGCGUCUGCUACUCGGAAUCCGUCAAAUACGCGCACAAGCGGCGCACCUUCGGCGUCCCCCUCAUCCAACACCCCGUCAUCCGCCUCAAGCUCGCGCACAUGGCGCGCCAGAUCGAAGCCUCCUACUCCUGGCUCGAGCAGAUCAUCGGCCAGAUCUCCAACAUGCCCGAAGACCUCGCCAUGUUGCGGCUCGGCGGCCCCAUCGCUGGUCUCAAAGCCCAAGCUACGGUCACGUUUGAGUUCUGCGCGAGGGAGGCGAGCCAGAUUUUUGGGGGGUUGAGUUAUUCCCGGGGGGGACAGGGAG